AUCGCCCCUUCGUCUCCAGUUUGCUCCGUGGAACGACUCGUCUCUGAGGAGAUUCUUGGCCGCUUCUUCGACUCGUUCCUUUUCGUGAACAAUUUUUUACUGUUUGUCUGUGGCUGUUCUUGGUUGGUUCGUUUUUUUGCCCCUUUCUUUUUGGGGCCUUUUGUUCUUCUUUUUGAUAUAUGGAGUUUUUUAGUUCCGAAUUCGGCUGAAAGGUUUCGGCUGUGGGGAUCUAGGGAUUUAAGGGCGAUCGGCGGGGCGGAGGAAAGUGGGGAUUGGCUCCACUGUUUGCGGUGUUGAGGCGGAGGCAUUGCGGUGGAGGGUCAGCACGGGCGGUCUGGCGAGGAAAGAUGUCGAGCUCGCCGGUUUUUGUGCAGCUUGCGAGGCGAUGAUGGAGGAGUCGGGUUUGGCUUGAGACAAAGUGUCGUUGGUCAGUGAGACGGCAACCCGGUGGAGAUUGUAGCGGUUUUGGUGCUUGCUGGUUCGGGGGUUCGGGCCCGCGUAGUGAUGGAGGAAAAUCAUGUUUGAAGAUCCGGCGUGGAAGUGAACGGAGGUUUCUGGUUGAGGAUCGUCGUGAUCUGGUGGACGCUGGAGUUUUGGAACUCGCGCUGCUUCGGGUGCGGAGAGUUGGCGGAUUCGGAGAGCAGAGAGACACGGGACGCCAUUAAUGAAGGAGUUGGAUUUUGAUGACUCGAGCAGGGAAAAUGGAGUGUGGAUGCCGAAAUACGGAGAGAAAAUGAUCGGAGACUAGUUUUGUAGUUAGGCGUGAAAUACUUUUUCCUUCUUUGUGUUUCUCGUGGGCUGCGUAACACAGCUUGCAAAGCUCAGUGAGUUGCAAGAGAGGAGGAGGCUGGGAAGAUGAACAACCGGAGUUUGAGUCGAGCGCCGAGCUUCGGCAUAUCGGACAUCGCUUUGCAGUGGGUGAUGGGAUACGUGGAUGAUCCUCAUGACAGGAGCGCGAUUUCUCUAGUCUGUAAGAAAUGGAAAAAUAUCGAUGCCUUGACGAGAAAGCAUGUCACAAUCGCUCUCUGUUAUUCAACGACACCGGAACGCCUCCGCGACCGAUUUCCAAAUCUGGAAUCGCUGGAACUGAAGGGCAAACCACGAGCGUCGAUGUUCAAUUUGAUACCCGAGAAUUGGGGCGGAUAUGCUGGGCCUUGGGUCAGAGAGAUCUCAAACGCGUUUCACUGCCUCAAAUUUCUCCAUUUCAGGCGGAUGAUAGUGUUGGACGAGGAUAUUGAAGUGUUGGUUCGAGGCCGCGGGCAUAUGCUCCAGGCACUAAAGCUAGAUAAGUGCUCGGGUUUUUCUACAGAGGGGCUCUUGCAUAUUGCUCGGUCUUGCAGGUGUCUGAGAACCUUAUUUUUUGAAGAGAGUUAUAUUACUGAUAAAGGUAAUAAUUGGCUUCAUGAACUUGCACAGAACAACUCAGUUCUGGAGGUUUUGAACUUUCACAUGACAGAUCUCAAUGUCAAUGUAAAAGAUCUUGAAUUGUUGGCCAGGAACUGUCCAUCAUUAGUCUCUUUGAAGGUUAGUGACUGCGAGAUUUUGGAUCUUGAUAAUUUCUUUCGGACUGCUGAGAAGUUAGAAGAGUUUGGAGGUGGUUCUUUUAAUAAUCAAGCCGGACAAACUAAUCAGUACGAGAAUGUCUAUUUUCCUCCCAACCUGUCCGUUUUGGGUCUUAUCUACAUGGGCACAAAUGAAAUGUCAGUUAUAUUUCCUUGUGCUUCAUCACUCAGGAAGUUGGAUCUGCAGUAUGCGUUUCUCGACACAGAGGGCCAUUGCCAAUUGAUUCAACGGUGUCCCAAUUUAGAAGUUCUUGAGGUGAGAAAUGUGAUUGGGGACAGGGGAUUAGAAAUUGUUGCUCAACAUUGUAAGAAACUACGUAGGCUCAGAAUCGAGCGUGGGGAUGACGAACAAGGCUUGGAGGAUGAACAAGGGAUGGUUUCUCAAAGAGGCAUAUCUGCAGUUGCUCGUGGCUGCCCAGAACUAGAAAAGCUGGCUGUAUAUGUAUCUGAUAUAAGUAAUGAUGCACUAGUAUGCAUUGGGACAUACAGCAAAAAUCUAUGUGAUUUUCGCCUUGUCUUGCUUGAUAAAGAAGAACGCAUAACGGAUCUGCCACUAGACAAUGGUGUACGAGCCUUAUUAAGAGGCUGCGAAAAACUCAGGAGAUUUGCACUUUAUUUACGGCCUGGAGGCUUGACGGAUGUUGGUCUUGGAUAUAUUGGAAAGUACAGCGCUAAUGUCAGAUGGAUGCUGUUGGGCUAUGUGGGUGAAACCGACUCUGGAUUCCUGGAAUUCUCCAAGGGUUGUCCAAAUCUCGUGAAGCUUGAAAUGAGGGGUUGUUUCUUUAGUGAGCGUGCGUUGGCUCUUGCUGUUUUGCAGUUAGCAUCUUUGAGAUACAUCUGGGUUCAGGGCUAUAAAACAUCAACAGCAGGCAGAGAUCUGCUGCUCAUGGUUCGACCAUUCUGGAACAUUGAAAUUAUACCGCCAAGGCCUGCACAAGAUGGUGUUGAGCAGCCCUCUCAGAUAUUGGCUUACUAUUCACUUGCUGGUAAGAGAACGGACUGUUGUGAAACAGUUGUCCCGUUGUCUCCAUCCUUGUUUGGAUCUCCAUAAGCACGAGGUCUGCUAAAGUUCUGUGAAGCAGGUCAAGAAAAGUUUCAAUCAUGAUAAAGCAGGAGAUGGUGGCUGUAAGAAGUGUCACCAAAUUUUGAUCUGGUUCACAAUUGAUACUCUGUAUCGGAACAUGAGGUCGUGGCACGGUGGUUUCUUCUAAUCUCUUUGAGAAAUUUGUGACGGAACUUUGAAAAUAUAAACUUGCAGUGCUGGCACUUUGCAUCUUCUUCUCUAACAUCUGAUGGACCACAAGCGUGUUUGACAUCUCACAGUGGGAAUAAGGAAGCUCUUUUUCACAGCCUUAGUGUAGAAUAAUUGGAGUUGGAAGUCGUGAAAAUGGAAGAGAAUUAAAUGUCCUUGACAGUCUGUUACCUGUUUGCCGGGUUUUGAUCGGGCUUUUUUAACAUGGAGAUUGAUUUCCAAUGAUCUGGCAUUCAUCUGCUUUUGGAUUCUGAGGGCGUGGACUAUGGUAGAUAAAAGUAGCACUGAUGCUAUCUUGCUGUGCCCAUAUCGGCAAAGGGGGGCUUCUGUUUUCCUUUUUCUGUUCUUGUUGGACCAAAUGGUUGAGGUUUGGAGACACAAUGGAUGAGUACCACUCACUGCUGGAAGUGCCAAAUUUGCUUUUCAGAAGGUACGUGUGAAGAGAGCUAGUUUUGCUGCUAUCCGUUGUUUGUUGUAUUCUGCUACUUUUUGCGGGUAGCUAGCUACAUGAGAUGAAGUUUCAUUUCCCUUUUCCGGCCAAACUUCUGGCUUGAAUACUGAAUGGGUUCCGUCGACAUGGAUGCCAAGCAAAGUGGUUUUGAUGAAUGUGACGGCUUAUGAUUUGUCAAUAAUCUCUGGAGAUGACCUUUGAGUUCA